AUGCCCACCUGGCGUCCGAUGCGCGAAAGCGACCUGCCCGGCGUCAUGCGCGUUGCCGACGAAAUCCACCGCGACCUGCCCGAAGCCGAGGCCGUGUUCCGCGAGCGCCUGGCCCUCUUCCCGGCGGGCUGCUUUGUGCUGUCGGACGUCGAUAACCGCGACGCUGUUGGCGGCUACGUCGUGUCGUUCCCCAUCCGCCGCGGCCGGCCGCCCGCGCUGAACGCGCUGCUGGACGGAGGCGGGAUCCCCGUCGACGCGGACCAGUACUAUCUCCACGACCUCGCUGUGUUGCCGCGCUUCCGCGGGCGCGGCGCGGCGGCGGAGGGGAUUGGUAGGGUUUUGGAGGUGGCGCAGAGGUAUGCGAGUGUGUGUCUUAUCUCGGUGUAUGGCACCGUGGCGUUCUGGCGCAGGUUUGGGUUCGUCCCGGAGCCGGUGGACGCGGCCUUGCAGGAGAAGCUGAGGGGUUAUGGGCCCGGCGCCACAUACAUGGUGCGGCGAAACGCUGGGCUAGGGGGACUCGAGGGUGAGCAGCUGCUUGGGUGA